UACAGCGAGAAUCACUAACCCUUUGCCCUCUGCUCUGCUGCGCUCUUCCUCCUCCAUACCAUUUCCCAUUCUUCCAAGCUAUGCAAUAAUGGCCGCCUCUUCUCUUUCUAACUUAAACUUCUCCCUCUCCUCUAAUCAUUCUAUCAAUCCCACCCCAAAAUCUGCCCGCCCCAGAACCCUAAACCCUUCCAAAUUCCCCUCAAUUCUUAAUUAUUCAUCCUCAUCCCAAUCCCGUCCCACUCUCCCACCACAGCCCCUCAAUAAACGCCCCUUUCACACCAAAUCCCUAACCACCCUUCCGCUUUCUUCACCCCCUCAGGCGGGAAUUCGCAAGUAUUUUGUGGAAAAGAUAGCAACUGUGCUGUUGGGGUCGCUUAUUUUCGCGGGGACCUUGAAAUCACGGCCCGUUUUGGCACAGCCCGUUGAGGAAAAGAGCGAGAGAUAUAAGGAUGAGGAGACGAGUGAGGAGGAGGUGAUGUGUGAGAAACUGUUGGAGCAAAAUCCGACGGAUGUGGGGGCGUUGAAAAUGGCGGUGAAUGUGAAGAUCAAGAAGGGGAGAAUCAAAGAGGCUUUGGGGUAUGCAGAGAAGCUGAUUGAGCAGCAGCCGAACGAAAUGGAGUGGAGGCUCCUGCAGGCGCUUUGCUAUGAGAUGAUGGGGCAUUUGAGUAAGGCCAAGAGCUUGUUCAAGGAUAUACUUAAGCAGAAACCUCUCCUGCUCAGAGCUUUGCAUGGUCUGGCAAUGGUGAUGCACAAGAAGCAUGAAGGCCCAGCUGUUUUCGAGAUGUUAGAAAGGGCAUCCGAUCUUGCUCGCCAGCAAAAGAAAGUAAAUAAAGAACGGAACAUACGGAUUUUAAUAGCACAGAUGCAUCUAAUAAAGGGAGAUUUGGAGUCAGCCUUGGAGAAGUUUCAAGCACUUAUUGAUGAGAAUCCAAGGGAUUUUCGCCCAUAUCUCUGCCAGGGGAUCAUAUACAGCAUGCUUGACAAGAAAAGGGAUGCUGAUGCGAGCUUUGAAAUAUACCAGAGUCUUGUUCCCAAAGAGUUUCCGCAGAGAGACUUCCUGGAUGACGUCGUCUUGUCUGCAAAAAAGGAACCGAAGCAAAAGCUACGAAAAGCACUGCAAAGCUAGGCAUGUCUUUUUACCCAUAAAAAUAUUUAGGAUGCAGUUAAUAGCUUUGAAUGAUUGGCUGGCUCAUGAGUGCAGUGAUGCAUGCAGUAUUUUGUUCUAGCAGAAUUUUCAACUCCUUUUUAGGUAUUAGAAUCAGAAAAAUGAUGCAUUCAUUCUUGGAAUAACUUUAUUAGUUCUAUGAAUAUUCUUCACUUUGA